UCAUGAGUUCAUGUUUUGCUUCUUCCAUUCAUACAUUCCGCAACAUGAGGUUGGGCACAGAGUAGCUCUCGAGAUCUUGCACAGGUCAACGAUCUAAAGUGGAUAAGUCUUCACCAUACACUUGCAGGCUGUAGUGUUCUUUACGAGAUUCCUUCUGCAAACUUUGGGUGCAACUUUUUAGGCACUCUUCUUCUUCACUCUGCCAUUGUCUUCGUUGCUAAUUAAUCGUAAUACAGUCUUCUUCUCGAGGAACUGCUGAUGCAGCGUCGUUCAUGCCGGCGUUUGAAUCCUUCGUCGGUUGUGAAGUCCCAGUCAAACAGGAAGCACAGGCGAUCCACAGCAACUGCUCGUCAAAUCCAGCAAACCUCUCCAAAUCUUAGGCAUACGCAUGUGAUCUAAGAAAAAGGCGUCGUUGUAAUGGUCGGACAUCAAUGGAUCCAACAAGGUGUUAAUGCAGCAAGAAGAGAGCUGCAAGUUCUUGCAGGCUGUUGCUGGUUUGGGAGGUGAAUGAUUAGAGAAAGAGGAGCACGAAUCCCUGGCCCGGUGCAGCGGCGUAGGCCCCGCAGUAAUGGACUCGGAGACAGGAACGGCGUCAUUGACGGAGAGCGAGCUGCAAGUUGCACUCGGCCAUUGACAGCGGCAGCCUACCCACCGAUGUUAGUGACCGCAACCUCGAUGCUUGGCUGCUUAUGGUAGGCGAUCGAUCGGCCCACGAUAUCAUUGGUUCCUUUGGUGAGAAGCAUACAAGGUGCUCUGGCUGCCUCCGGCUGCGGCGGCUAACCUGUCUCGAUCCAGAUCGGGUUCAUGGAGCAGAGGAAGUGGCACGACUUCGGCCAUGGCUUGAGGACAUUGUGUUUCGCUUAAGAUACUAACGUUCAAGAAAGCCUCGUGGCACCACUUCGGCGGCUAACCUGUCCUUUUCUGCCGUCUCCGUCUUCCUACUGCUGCCUCCUCGCUAGCACUACUAUAAGCCCCCGGAGUUACUCUCACAUGAGAUGCGAUCGCCUCGGCGAAGGACAUUCUUGCUCGCGCCGCGGACGACGCUCCCGAUGAAGCGCACGCUGGUGGGCAGCGGCCGGAAGAGUGGGAAGCAUCCUGUCUUCGUCUUCGUGUUCACCGCCUUCUUGUUCUUCACGUUCGUGUACAACGAGGACAUCAGGUCCUUCGCUGAGUACUCCUUCAGUGGUAGCAGAGCCAAGUCGCAGGUCUUGGCCCGGCAAGAGCUCGUCGUAGAUACACCAAGACACGAAGCAAAUGUGGCCGAUGGCUUCCACAGAAGAGAAGAAUCCGAAGAUGAUGAUGAGGAGGGGGAGGACAGUAAGAAGGGGAAAACAGUGGUAGAGAGGACAGCAGGUGAUACGGCGGCCAGAGAUCGGUCGCCGCCAGCCAAGAAAGACCACCGAGAGCCUGAGAGCAACACGGCGAACAUGUCGGUGGUCGUCGACGUACCGCAAGUGGUUCAGCUGCCGUCGCAGCACAAGGCGGAGGCGGAGGCGGAGGCGAAGCCGCAGAGGGGCGUGCUUAACGUGCCGGAGACCUGCGACCUCUUCGACGGCUGGUGGGUCUACGACGACGUCUCGUACCCGCUCUACAAGGAGCACGAGUGCCGGUUCCUGACGGAGCAGGUGACCUGCUUGAGGAACGGCCGCCGUGACGACACCUACCAGAAGUGGCGGUGGCAGCCGCGGGACUGUGACUUGCCGAGAUUCGAUGCUCGGCUGCUGUUGGAGAGGCUGAGGGGGAAGCGCCUCAUGUUCGUGGGCGACUCCCUCAACAGGAACCAGUGGGAGUCCAUGGUGUGCCUCGUCCAAUCUGCCAUCUCAAGGGGCAAGAAGACUCUCACCAAGCACGGCUCGGUCAGCGUCUUCAGAGCCGAGGAGUACAAUGCUACUGUGGAGUUCUACUGGGCGCCGUUCUUGGUGGAAUCCAACUCCGACGACCCAAACAUACACAGCAUUCAGAACCGCAUCAUCAUGGCCGACUCGAUCGCCAAGCACGGGAAACACUGGCAGGGAGUGGACUACUUGAUCUUCAACACCUACAUCUGGUGGAUGAACACCGCCAAGAUGAAGCUCCUGCGAGGAUCGUUCGAUCGAGGGUCGACGAAGUACGACGAGGUCAGUCGGCCAGCGGCCUACCGGCGAGUCCUGACGACAUGGGCGAAGUGGGUGCGCAGGAACGUGAACCCGAAGAAGACGAUGGUGUUCUUCAUGAGCUUGUCGCCCAACCACAUGAGGAGCACGGAUUGGGGCAAUCCAAAGGGGAUAAAGUGCGCGAUGGAGACGACGCCGAUCACGAACAUCUCGCGCCCAUUUAAGCUGGGCACCGACUGGCGACUGUUCCGGGAGGAGGAGGAGGUGAUCCGGGGGAUGAGGUUCCCGGUGUCGUUCAUCAAGAUCACGGCGAUGACGGAGUUCCGGAAGGACGCGCACACGUCCGUGCACACGCUCCGGCAAGGGAAGCUGCUGACGCGGGAGCAGCAGGCGGAUCCGGCCUCCUUCGCCGACUGCAUCCACUGGUGCCUGCCGGGCCUGCCGGACACGUGGAACGAGUUCGUCUUCGUCCGCAUCGCAUCCCGGCCAUGGCGCAGCUGAUGCACGUGCCCUGAGUUGGCAUCCCCACCUUCUUCCUUCUUACUGUUACCGCCAUUCUUUUCACCCCUCUUCACACCACGACAUCGAUAGAUUCUUUUCUUCUGUUGUUUGGAUCUUUGUGUAUCUACCCGUGUCGGAUUCGUAUGGGGGUGAACUCCUGUUGCACAGGCAUCGAGAGAGAGAGAGAGACAGAGAGAGAAGAGAGAGGACCACAAGAAGCAACAUGAGUAUUAACAUCGAAGCUAUGGAUGGAUUUGUUCUCGAACUAUUGCUGCGUUCUAAUC